AUGCCGACGUCGACGCAACGCACGCAGGAAGUGCGCUCCCAAGCCGGCCCCUCCUCCACCCCCUCCAAUUCACGCAAGCGUCCUCCUCCACCUCCCACUGACUCUAACUUCGUCUACAACCCACGCCAAGAUGACUCUUCCCGUCGAAAGGUCCGCUCCGACUACCGCGCGCUCAUCGCCUCCGCUGAAGCAUUCAAACGCGAUUCCACGCUCAAACCUUCCGACCUGGUCGAGUUCAUCGCCAAGGCCGACGAGCUCCACGAACGCGUGGUCGCGCCGAGCGAGAGUGUGCUGGAUACCAAGACGUUGACGUCGAUGAGCGAGAUGGGUGCGCGGAUGGCCAAGAAGAUGAAGCUGAAUGCGGAUGCGUUUGACACGCACGAGUUUAUGGCGAGACUGGCGAGGUACUUGGGUGGAGAAGCUGCGCCGAUCCGACGCGCUGCCGUCGACGAGGAUGACGAUGACGACGAGGAUGAUGGCGUGGACAUUGAAAAGUGGUCGUGGUCAAAGCUAUCACGUCUAUCGGCAUCGCUCUCCAAACGCGCGGUUACGAUCGACUUCCUCCUCGGCCCCCUUCAAGUGCUUCCAAAACAACGUCGAACCAUCACCCACCGACGACACGAAGACGCACCCGCCGAACGCACCGCCCCUCGCUCCCUUCAGCAGCAAGACCUCCAAAACUCGGCCGGAAAAGAAUCCACCUCCGCCAUCAUCCAAGUCGGCAGACUGCUGCAACAACAAGGCCCCCAGGGCGUGUGUCUGUUCAAGUUCGCCGUCGACCCGGAGAGCUUUGUCAACACGAUCGAGAAUUUCUUCCACGUGAGCUUUUUGAUCAAGGAGAACAAGGCGAGUCUGAGGACGGACGAGCAGGGGAAUGCUAUCUUGACCGUGGCGACUCCGCCGAGCGACGAUGAUGUGGAGGAAGGUGGCGUGAGGAGUAAGCAGUUUAUCAUGGAGAUCGAUUAUCCGAUGUAUUUGGAGUCGAUACAGCUGUACGGGAUUAGGGAGAGCGUGAUCCCGACGAGACCGAAUAGGGUGGAUCCGUUGAGUGGGAGGAUUGCGUUGGACAGGGCGAGGGCGGAGGGUGCGGCAAGGUGA